AUGCGGGGAAGUGAAAUGAAGAAACAUUACUCGGACACGGCGGCCAGCGGAACCACCGGUGGGGAGUCCUCCGCCCCAUCGAAGGAGACAUCUGUAGCCAAGAGGUCGCUUCUGCCCGCGUCCCUUAGAACAUGCCCCUACUGUCGUCGUCUGGGUUCCGCUGCGCACAUCAUGCGCUGCGGUCAAGAAAUAGUGAGCUGCCCGGACUGCGGCGUGGGGGUGGAGGCGGCAAAGUUGGGCGCACACGCCGCGUACACGUGCAGCAAGCGUACAAAAAUGACGCCGUGUCUCGGCUGUGGGGCUUCCUUUUCCCCGUUUGACAUGCGAGAGCAUUUGAUGAAUGCAUGUCCAGGCAGUCGUUUUCUCUGUGCGGGCUGCUGUCAGACAUUUCUCACAGCGACGGAGUACGUCACGCAUUUGUACAGCCCCGAUGAGGGCUGUCGUGUAGUCACACCGGAAGCCAAGAGGGGCGAGGAGCUGCCUUUUCCCACUGAGACGAAAGAAGCGAACGGCAAGGCGAGUAGUGGCUGCGGCUCUGCGGGGAAUGAAAUCAUGAUGAAAGUCGGGCAGGGUAAGGCUCCUCUCAUCGUCCAGCCGCCCAUGCAGCUUGGCUGUCCCGUGGGUGCGACUGCCGAGCCGCGCUCUCUGAAUGCGGUGGAGGUGGAGGUGGAGGAACAUGAGUCCAAUUCGAUGAGACAUGCCUCUGAGACGGUGAUGCCAAUGCCACGUCAGAACCUUUCCAAGUUUCUGAGACAACGAGAGGUAUCACCAAAUCGAUGUGGAAAGUCGCUGGACGACGGCAGGAAUUUGCAGGGCGCGCGUCUUUCGCUUGCCGUAGGCACGUCGGGCUACAGCCUCUCCCGGGAUCGUGAGCAUUUGACCUCCAAACAAACCCCCACCUCUGUCCCAGGCGGCCACUUUCAUGCGCGAUCACGCCGGUUUAUGAAGGAGUUGCAGGAUCAACAUGACACAAUGACGAGGGCAAGGCAGAUGUAUUAUCGCACCGUCGUUGCUUCCGCCCCACGACUAGCCACAGCCGAGUUACGUGGAAGGCGCAUCGAAAAAGAAAAGCCUAGGGCUGUUACGCCAAAUACCGCUUUGCAUGCAAUGCAACAUUCCAAAAAGUCCGACGGGCUUUUGCGUCAUGGUAUGGCGCGUGGUAUUAGAGGGGCGUCCGCACAUCAACCGCCAAGACGUCAUGCAUCGUGCCCGCCGGGCCGCAGAUUAUCUACAACGCUCAUGUCUGUGAAGAAAAGCUAA